GCUGCUAGGAGACUGGAGCGGGAGCUGACUCUCCGCCUGAUUGCCCAGCGCGCUGAGGUUUCUUCCACCGACCACAAUGAACAAGUUCCUGUGCUGCACGCUUGUGCUCUUGGACAUUGCUGUUAAGUGGACCACCCAGCAUGACUCUCCCCCCAAGUAUCCCCAUUACGACCCAGAGACAUCUCGUCCGCUGCAGUGUGACCAGUGCCCUCCUGGGAGCUACGUAAAGCAGCACUGCACGGCCACCAGCCCCACGCAGUGCGCCCCGUGUCCGGAUCAGUACUACGCCGAAGAGUGGAACAGCAACGACGAAUGCCAGUACUGCAGCGCCGUCUGCAAGGAGCUGCAGUACGUCAAGCAGGAGUGCACCAGCACGCAGGACCGCGUCUGCGAGUGCGUCGAAGGCAGGUACCUGGAGCUCGAGUUUUGUUUAAAGCACACGGAGUGUCCUCCCGGAUUUGGCGUGGUGCAGCCAGGUACCCCUGAGAGUGACACUGUGUGUAAGAGAUGUCCAGAAGGAUUUUUCUCAAAUGAAACAUCAUCCAAAGCAGCCUGCCUAAAGCACACAAACUGUAGUGCACUGGGUUUCAAAACAGCGUCAAAGGGAAAUGCAGUUCGUGACAACGUCUGCCAGGAAAAUACAGAUACGGCACCUCAGAAAUGCGGAAUAGAUGUAACCCUGUGCGAGGAGGCUUUGUUCAGGUUUGCUGUUCCUACUCAGCUCACACCUAACUGGCUGAACAUACUAGCAGACAGUUUGCCUGGGACAAAGCUUAGCACAGAAAAUAUUGAAAGAAUUAAACAAAGGCACAGUUCUCAAGAGCAGACCUUCCAGCUUAUGAAAUUAUGGAAGCAGCAAAACAAGGAACAGGAUAUGGUCAAGAAGAUUAUUCAAGAUAUCGAUCUGUGUGAAAAUACUGUCCUGAAGCAUAUUGGCCACCCGAACCUCACCUUUGAACAUCUCAACACGCUGAUGGCAAGCUUACCGGGCAAGAAGGUGGGAAAAGAAGAUAUCGAGCGCACAAUGAAACUGUGUCAGCCUACAGAGCAAGUUCUGAAGCUUCUCAAUCUGUGGAGAGUAAAGAACAGCGACCAAGACACCAUUAAAGGUUUGAUGUAUGGACUGAAGCACUUGAAAACGUACCACUUUCCAAAACCAACCAUCCAGAGUCUGAAGAAGGUGAUUAAGUUUCUUCACAGAUUUACAAUGUAUAGAUUAUACCAGAAACUCUUUUUGGAAAUGAUUGGGAACCAAGUUAAAUCAGUGAAAGUAAGAUGUGUCUAAUUCAAGAUAUUUUUCAUCCUCCACUGACAAUUUUUCUCUAAUUACUGCCAGCAGUAAUUAAACUGGAAUGUUGUUUCCCUCCAUUAUGUCUUACUAUUUAUAGAAAUGCCUGACUGUAAUAGCUCUAAGUCUUAUGCAGUGUCUUUGGAGUUGGUUUUUUUUU